AUGGAGGCGCCCGAGGGAGACGGGCCGGAUGGAGACCGAGCAGCGCCCCGCUCGCCCCGCGGCUCCCCGGCCGUCCCCGCGGCCACCCGACUGCGCGCCUUCCUCUGGUGCCGCGAGUUCCUGGCCGGGGCCUGGCGCCGCUUGGCCGCCCCCGAGCAGCUGGGCAUCGUCCCGGUCAGUGGAGGGCUGAGCAACCUGCUCUACAGAUGCUCCCUGCCGGACCACAUCCCCUCCGCCCAGGAGGAGCCACGCCAGGUCCUGCUCCGCGUCUACGGCGUCAUCCUCCAGGGGGUCGACUCGCUGGUUCUGGAGAGUGUGAUGUUCGCCAUCCUGGCCGAGCGGGCCCUGGGACCACGGCUGUAUGGCAUCUUCCCACAGGGGCGCCUGGAGGAAUACAUCCCGAGCCGCCGCCUGGUCACGGAGGACCUGCUGGAGCCCACCAUCUCGGGGGAGAUCGCGGUGAAGAUGGCCCGCUUCCAUGGCAUGGUGAUGCCCUUCAACAAGGAGCCGAAGUGGAUGUUUGGGACCAUGGAGAGGUACCUGAAGCAGAUCUCUGAACUCACCUUUUCCCAGGAGGCCCAGCGGCACAAGCUGAACCGGCUCAAGGCCUACAACCUGGAGGCCGAAAUGCACAGCCUCAGGACGCUGCUGGAGGCCACGCCGUCCCCCGUGGUUUUCUGCCACAAUGACGUGCAGGAAGGGAACAUCCUCCUCCUGGCCAGGCGCGAGGCCUCCUCCACAGACCGGCUGAUGCUCAUUGACUUUGAGUACAGCAGCUACAACUACCGGGGCUUCGACCUCGCCAAUCACUUCUGCGAGUGGGUCUACAGCUACACCCACGACGAGUGGCCUUUCUACAAAGCCAGCCCGGAGAAGUACCCCAGCCGCCAGCAACAGCUGCACUUCAUCCGGUGUUACCUGCAGGAGGCGGGUGGGAAGGCCGACCCCCCCUCGGCGGAGGAGCAGGAGCGCCUGGAGGCCAAGAUGCUCCUGGAGAUCAGCCGGUUCACCUUGGCCUCCCAUUUCUUCUGGGGCCUCUGGUCCAUCCUGCAGGCCAAGAUCUCCACCAUUGAGUUUGGCUACCUGGAAUAUGCCCAGUGCCGCUUUGAGGCCUACUUCCAGCAGAAGGCCAGAGGAGAGUGACCAUAGGCUGGCCAGCGGCCAUGAACUGGCCUGACCAGGGCUGGCAUAUCGGACAGCUGGAACUGAGGGACCAAGACUGGAGGGGUGGCUGGUCAGUCCUCCUGCAAGACCCACUCUCUGCACAUCUGCCUCGGGGCUGUGGUGCCUGGAUUUAUUCGGCCAACCUGG